UGUCAAGAGGAAGACAAAUUAAUUUGAGCUGCUAUAGGGAACUAGAAAAUGAAGUGUUCCAUAACUGACAAACAGCUUGAGAUGACUGGACAAGUUCCCUCUUUAUUCAUCUAAAAUGUGCCAGUUGUUUAGCAGAACAUCCCUGAUAAUGCGAGUGAAUUGCAGGGUAAAACCCAGUUGGGUGUCAUCAUGUGCAGUACUUAAAUGAGAACACUGAGGGAUUUUGUGCUUCCAAGGGAAAGAAUUGUCAUUGUUGUCUUCUGUUUUGUGUUACUUGAAGUUCCCCAAGAAAGUUUCCUCUUAGGAGGAAUAAUGGAGUUUAUAGUAAGAAUGAUUUAUGACUGCUCUUUUUUAUUUGAAAGCUUUUGUACUUCUCAAGAAAUGUUUGUUCACCAUCCACUCACUAAUCAGCCAGACUGGGGAGGCACUGAAGAAACCAUAGAAAUUAUACCACAUGAUAUCUAACACCAGAGCAUUUACAGCUUUCAAGGCCUUUGCUCCAGGCUAUCCAUUGUGAGAUACAGGCAGAAGCAAAUGAGAAUAUAAUGGGAAAACUUGCAAGAAGGGAAGGUAAAAAAAACCGAAACCACCCAAAAAUGUAUUUUCACUUUUUUCCCUUUAGACAGAAAUAAGGAGAUGUACCACUGCUUAAUGAGGCAAGGUUUUAUGCCCUACGAAGUGAGAACAAAGAUACACAAAAAAUCCAUUCUGAACUAGCAGAGGGGUUGAUGAGUGUAACUUAGACCCAGUUCUGUAGGUGCACAAUUUGUGGUGAUUGGGAGUGGGGCUGUGGCUGAGCCUCAUCCUCAGUGGGUGCAGCUGUGCAGGGCGGGUGAGCAGCAUUGGAGGUAACGAGCCAGGGAGUGCCCAGGAGCACUGACCAACCACCACAGGGAGCAGAGGGCACUCAGGUGCAGUGUGUGAGCCAUGAGGGGCACACAGGUGCAAUGCAUCAACAUGAGGGUAUAAAAGGUUGGGCUAAAGAACAAGAAGGGCAGACACGUGCAGCCUUCUGGAGUGGUUACUCUGUAUGGGUUGAAGCCUUCUGCCGUUGUAUGAUGAUAUUUGUGCAUUGUGGCCGUCUCACCUGUGCCAUGUGUUGUGGCACGUGCUGCGACACAGUGCUGCCCUUGGUGUGUGGUUGCUGUGGAAGAUCAAUGCUGAGAUGACACCAGUGGAACAGGAUUGCUCCAGAAAAGGAUUGUGCAACCUGGGAAAUGUUAUUGCCAUUUAACUAACUUCAGGAAGUGUAUUCUGGACUGAAUUGACCAGACCUCCCAUUCUAUGCAAGCAUCUCCUGCUGGUGACCAGGUUUCUUAGCAAGAGCAGACAGAGCUCAUCCUUCCACCAUGCCUGUGCCUCCCCCUCCAGCUCCCCCUCCACCCCCAACACUGGCCUUGGCCAAUACUGAGAAGCCAUCCCUAAGCAAGUCAGAACAGGCGGGGCGAAAUGCUCUAUUAUCUGAUAUUACCAAAGGAAAAAAGCUCAAGAAGACUGUUACUAAUGACAGAAGUGCUCCAAUCCUAGACAAACCCAAAGGAUCUGGUGGAGGUGGCGGCGGUGGCUUUGGAGGAGGCGGCGGCAGUGGGGGUUUUGGUGGUGGCAGUGGUGGUGGCUUCGGUGGCGGUGGACCACCUGGCCUUGGAGGCCUUUUUCAAGCAGGAAUGCCAAAGCUCAGAUCUGCAAAUCGAGAUGCCGGUAAGAAAGACCUUGAAUUUCCACGGGAGGCCUUGGGAUGCCCGCAGGGGCUUUCCACUGGGAGAGUAACCCCUGGUGUUAACAGCAUCUGUGUGUUUGCUGCUUGCCUUGCUCCAGGCCCGCUGCCACCGCCUCCCCCCAUCAGCAGGAACGGGAGCACCUCACGGGCCCUGCCCAGCGCCCCGCAGCUGCCGUCCCGGGCAGGCCUGGACAGCCCGAGGGCCGGGCCGCGGCCUCCGCUGCCCCCCGACCGGCCCGGCUCCGCAGCGCCGCCGCCGCCACCGCCGCCCUCGGCCGCUGUCAGAAACGGCUUCCAGGACCCCGGUGAUGAUGAAUGGGAAAGCAGAUUUUCUUUUCAUCCGAUAUCUGAUUUGCCACCUCCAGAGCCAUAUGUACCCAUGAACAGAAGUUAUCCCAGUAAACUAGCAAGAAAUGACAGUAGAGGUGGUUCUGUCCGAAAAGAAAGAGGUGCCCCCCCGCUCCCGCCUAUCCCAAGGUGAAAUGAGUUCUGGCCCAUCUUUGGGUGACAUCUGCUCUCAAGUUUCCUUCAAGUCAACUCUCCUGUCCAUGUGACUGGAAAGUUGUCUGUCCUGAUUGAUUUCCACUUUUGGCUUGUCAGCUGGAACAAACUUCAGUCUAUUACAGAAGUAAUAGAUGUGGCUUAUGGACUAUAGUUGCUCAAAGCUCUGACUUUUAUUCGCUUAAACUGCAGGCAUUUUGUGGACCCUACAGAAUGUAGGUGCAUCAUGCUUACCAUGUCCAACCCCGUCCCCUGGAGAGCUCCAUGGGAAGUCUGGCUUUGAAUUUGAUAGAGCUUGAACAAAGCUGUUUCAUUCACUUUGGGUACAGUAGCUGUAUUAUUUUAAUGAUAAAGUAUUUGAUGCUUAAAAAAACAGUUGCUGGGUAAAAAGUGUAGCCAAGAGUCCCCUGGAUCCUUCUUUGCAUGCCUAACUCAGCCUAUCUGCUUCUGCAAGCCAUAGAUCUACUACAUGGUGACAAAGAGUUCAUCUUUAACUUUUUUACUUCAGCUUAGUCAAGCAAAUCUUAAACAAUGCACAACACCUCCUGCCUCAAGGAUUGAGUGUCCCUGGCCUUGUUUUUAUCUUCAGAGAAUCUUCCAAAGAAAAGCACAAGUGAAGAAUUCACCAGCAUAAAAAAAAAUACUUUUUUAACCCUCUUUCCUAUUUUUUAAUAGUGUUAUGUGUUCUGUGACCUAAUUCUAUCCUACUCUUAUGUGGACCAACCCAUGUCAUGUCAUCCAUGCCUUGGAUUGCUGUAAUGCCCUCUGCCUGAUAGUGCAUAUGAGGAGUCCUCAGAAGGUAGUCUGAGUGCAAACACAGCAAUUAUUGUAGCUACAGGCUCCUCCUGUAAAGCAUCACUAGUGCCAGUGCUCCGCAGACUGCUUCCCAGUUGUUUCUUUGGUACAACUAAAAGAUGGGGUUUGACUUACAAAGCUUCUUGGCACUUAGGUCACGAGUCUCAGAGAGCUUGUGUUUGAUUUCCAUUAUGGUAGAGCGGCCAAGGUCAAAAAUGUUCCUCAGUGAAAGCCCCUUGAUGUUGUGAGAGCGGUCCGGGGUUUGUACAUUCAAGUGGGAGCAUCCAAAAUUUGCUGUCUGCAUUGGUUCAAGAGAAAUGGAAAGAUUUGGCUAUGAAGCUUGUCCUUUCAAACUUUGCUGAAAGGAAUCUCUACAGAGCUGCAAGGCUUAUGAUAGAAGAAAGAGUAAAGUAUUCUAACAUUGUGGCAAGUGGUUAAUAUGUUUAAUGGCUUUUGAAUUUUGUGUAUGAGAAAAGAGCUGAUUGUAUGAGUGAAUUUUACAAGUGGAUCUAAAUGUGUAUAAAAUGCUUUUGGAAAUUAGAGGAAGAUGAUAAUUCUGAAAUAUUGGAUGAUGAUAAUUGAAAUAUUGGUCAAUGAUAGCUCUUUAUUAAUUGGACCUCUGAAAAAUAUCCUCUCAGUCUCAUCAGCAGUAUGUUUCUUCAGUGUUUUCCUUGGGAUCCCUACCAAGCCUGUGUCAGCAGCUGUGCUUCACAGGGUGUUGCUCAAAAAAACCCAAAAUAAAACAUAGAAACUAGUCAUGUAGGUUAAGAAAAUGUUUCCCUAGCAUGGGAGAUAUCCUAAGUACACUCUGUGGCUAGAAUGAGGUCAGUCCUUGAAAAUCUAGGGAAUUUUGCCAAAGAGAGUCUGGACCCUGCUGAAAGGUCUGUGAAUAGGGCUUUUUGCUCCGACUGUGAGCAGGGAGGGGCAGAUCUGCUUUCUGCCUGGCAAUCACAUUGAAGGAGAUGAGACUAGAGUUGGAUUUAGCCAGAUCAAAUUUAAUUUGAUCUUUUCAGUGUUUGUUUACAAAAUCUUGUUAGCUGUGACAGCAUUUGUACAGCAUGUUUUUUACAUUUUUGUAUUUAGUGACCUAUUUGUAGUUCCUGUUCAUGCUCGUGAACCUGCAAUGAAAUGCGCAGGCGCAGGGAUGUAGCUGCAUCCAAUUGCAGGAUCGUGGCUCUAAGAGUUCCUUAAACAGAUACUGGGGGGACCUCCGUGUGACAGGUGCACCUUGGGAUCAAACCUGGCACAAUGCUGAAUUUGUAUAUGUAUUUUAUAGAGGUCACUUAAAGUGCCUGUCUCUUUGGGAUAUUAUUUUGUGAAUAGAAGUCCAAAUAAGAUUUUUAGGCUAAUAACUUAAAGGAUAAAUUAUUGUAUUCAUAUUAUAAAGCAGAAGCACUUAAUGCUUUUCUAGGGAACAAUAGUUUGAAUUUAAGAAUACAAUAUUUUCAGUACCUUGACUUGCCAAAUCUUUGUUAAUAUCCAAAUAGCUAUGUAGCCAAAAAAAACCACCAGCCCUCCAGAAAUGAUAUUUUUUUAUAACUUACCUGCUUCCAACAUCACUGUUUUACUUUGGUAAGUCAAUGAAAAUGCUGCCCAAUGUUCUUCCAAUACUCUGUAUAAUUCAAAAUAUCCUGUAUUUGAUCGUUUCAGCAAGGUUUUUUGACCAGAAAUCUGGACCACUACCAAAGACUUGGAAAACCAGCUUCAGUUUCACUUUAAAAUGUGCUAUGUAAAAGGCCCCAGGUUAACAAGCCAAGAAUCCUGAGCUGCUUAGGUUUUAGAAAUUAUUUUUUACUCUAGAAAACUCUUCAGAAUAGAUGUUUGGUGUACAUGUAAAAUAGCUUAAUACUGCAGAAAGGAACAUUUUUUUUCACAUAACAACAGCAUUUCCACUUAUAUGUUUUGCUGUAAAAGUCCCUAGAUAUAUUCCAGAAUAACGCAGCAUUUUAUCAUUCAAUAUAUUGCUUCAUGUAGCAGUAGCUAUUUACAAUAUGAUCAGUAUUAAAUUGUUUAUGUCACUAUGAAGUGUUAAAAAGGAAUAAUACAAAACAGGUUGAAUCAAUGGUGCCUUAUGAAUUUUUUAGUCAAUUUUUCUGUGUCUCAGUAGAAGAAUUAAUAGACAUUGCUCUUCCAGGUCCUAAGUACACAGUGCCGACGGUAGCAUUUUACAGUGUUUGAGCCAAACCCUGCUGUGGUUGUGUGCUCAAUCUGCCAACUCCAGGUGGAGCUCAGUGCGUGGAGAGGCCACUGGAUCAGUGUGCAGGUGAGGUGUAUGUGGGCACUGGGUGGCUUCACAAUCAGUUGUUGGUAUUGCUCUCAAAAUUCAGACCUGUCCCAAAACCAGUGUCUGAUGCUGCUGUCCACACAGCCCAGCUGACUUCAGUCAGUGUGGUUGCAGAGGUUACAGAAGUAAAUUGGAUUCACUGCUUGCCUCUAAGAUUUGCUGGGUUUGUUUCAAUGGCAUUGUAUUAUAAACCCUCACACCUCAACCUGUCUUCUUACCUUACCACUGAGGCUUGCACUGUGUGACAACAGCCACGGAUGUUUGUUUUUGUUUCAUUCAGCUCCAUAAAUAAAAUGAGAAUAACUUUUGUACCAUGUAAAAAUAAUUUCUGCUCUAUAUUUUUGGAAGAAAAGCAUGUGUUAUGUUUGUUAUGACUUUCUGCACCAGCCACUGGGAGAAGAGGUCACAAUGAUGAAUGUUCAGAGUUGUUAAAGGAAACUCAGCUUGUGAUUCAGGAAGUGUCUAUUUCUAAAAAUGAAAUAAAUAACAUGGCAAAGUUCUUGUUUAAAAUCCAGCAUUUCCCAACACUAAAAGAAUCAUAAGGUUUGUUUUUUCUUUUCUGCAAGACAGCACUGUGAAAGAAGUUCCUUAUAUUGUCAGUUUUAAAACUGGGCAGUAGUUUCUCCUUGCAGCAUCAGCUAUUUGCAUGACACUUGUAGAUCUGUCUUGGAGCAGGGGAUAAAGGAGCUAAACUGCUAUCAUGCAUCACAUGUCUUGUAACACAGCAAUCUUCUGUACAGAAGUAUGGGAAUAGGAACGGUACUUUUUUGCCUUGGAGAUAAAGAAUGGACUUGAGUGAUCAAACUCAACUUAUUUUAAGCAGAAUGUCAAAUGUUGAGGGACCUAGAGAGGGCCCCUUGGCCACAGGACACUGGAAAAGAGAAGAUUGCUCAAGGAAAUAAAAGCAACUGAAUGUUGUUACCAGAACUAGAGUAAAAAAUAAGGUAUCAGAUGUGCACUUGGGAGUUCCACGUGGCAGUGGUGUGAACACCUUUGUCUCACAGCUGGGUGCAAGGACCUGACACAGCGGUACAUUGACUCCACGGGACACAGAUUGUGUGAGCCUUCAUCUUUCAAACGGUAUUCAGCAGAAAAUAAGGACAAUCUCUCACCUGAGAUAUCCAGGAGCACUUCAAGGGCAAAUUCAUGGAAUGGUUCUUCAUGUACACUGGAAGAAAACAGGGAUCUUGUAGCCUGUAAGAUGGAUGUGUUUGGACCAUUCAGUUAAAAUCUAACUGGAGCAUUGGCAAUGAGGGGAGUAUUGGAAUAACUCGGGCAGAAGCAGGGCAUGUGUGAAUGGUCUCAGUGAGUAUGCAGCAGGUAGGUAUGCAGAUGUAAAAAGCAAAAAUGGAAACAGCAUGUCUUAAGGGAGUAACCUUUUAUGUAUAUUGCCAUUUUGAAAUACAGUUUGUCUGUGGUAAAUAUUCCUGAGUGUAAACUAAUGCAUGCAGAGGAAGACAUCUAAAUUUGGACUUCCAAAGCCACACAAGAAGCCAAUAUAAAACAUAAAACAGGCUGAGCAAAAAGUAACAUUUCUAUCAGAUGCUUAAAGUUUGAGCUUUUUAUAAAAUAUUAAUCUGGUUCUGUGAAUUUUUUUGCUUAACAUUUAUUUUGUAAGUGAUUUUGUUAUUUUU